CUUUUUUAUUAAGUAAUGUCAUUGGAAUCAUUAUAUAAAAGAAAAUAUUAAUAAAAUAUGAAUAUGCUAAUAUUUUUAAAAGUAUUGUUUUGUGUUGACAUUGUUUAUUCGAUUACACUGACAAAUAAUUCAAUAAAUAAAAGCAAUGUGUUGAUUAUUUUUGUUGACGACAUGCGACAUCUGACGGAAAAGGAAGUGUACUUACCAAAUAUUCAAAAAUUGGCGCGAGAAAGCAUUCAAUUUCGUAAUGCUUUUGCACAGCAAUCACUAUGCGCUCCGAGUAGAAAUUCCAUAUUAACAGGCCGUCGACCUGAUGCGUUACAUCUUUACGAUUUCUACAGCUAUUGGCGUGACGUUGGCAACUUUUCCACAAUGCCCCAAAUAUUCAAAGAGUUCGGUUACGAUACUUACUCUGUCGGAAAAGUUUUUCAUCCAGGGAAAAGCUCUAAUUUUACGGACGACUAUCCGUACAGCUGGACAUAUAUUCCGUAUCACCCUCCUUCAGAAAAGUAUAAGAAUUCUGCAGUAUGCAAGGAUAAAAAAACAAAGAGACUGCAAAAGAAUCUAAUAUGUCCCAUAACUGUUAAAACUCAACCGGGAAGUACAUUACCUGAUAUAGAAACCUUGAAAUAUUCUAUUGAUAUUUUAAACCAAAGAAACAGGAGCAAACCAUUUUUACUAGCGGUCGGAUUUCAUAAGCCGCAUAUUCCUUUAAAAUACCCCCACCAAUAUCUCAAGAGAGUUCCACUCAGUAAUGUAACCCCGCCCAAUAAACCAUACAUGCCCAUCGAAAUGCCCCUAGUGGCAUGGCACCCAUGGUCCGACGUGCGCCAUAGAGACGACAUAAAAGCGCUCAAUAUAUCGUUCCCAUUCGGAACUAUGCCUACAAAAUGGUCGCUAAAGAUCAGACAGAGUUACUAUGCAGCGUCUUUGUAUGUAGAUGACCUUAUAGGACAGCUGAUGGGGCAUGUAGAUAACGACACUAUUGUUGUCCUUACCAGCGACCAUGGUUGGUCAUUAGGAGAAAAUGGCCUCUGGGCUAAAUACAGCAACUUCGACGUGGCUUUGAAAGUGCCAUUGAUAUUCCGAAUUCCAGGAUUCCAUCCAAAAUCUAUAACUACCCCCGUUGAACUACUUGACAUUUUCCCGACAUUAGUGGACAUCGUGGGAUUAACAAUACCAACACAUAAAUGCAGGGGAUUUAAUGAUAAAUCGACAUUGUGUUUCGAUGGCACGAGUUUAGUAAGCUUAAUGAGAAACAAUGCUUCAACAGUUAACAAAUCUUUCGCUAUAUCCCAAUACCCAAGACCAGGAGUGUACCCGACAAUUAAUUCAGACAAACCGAGGUUAAAGCAUAUCAAAAUAAUGGGUUACAGUAUAAGAACAAAAAGAUAUAGAUACACGGAAUGGAUAUCAUUUAAUAACACACAAUUCACUAGGAACUGGGACGAAAUAUAUGGCAUCGAACUAUACAAUCACAUUUUGGAUGAUGAAGAAUCUGACAAUCUACAUUUAGAAGCAAAAUAUACACACGUUAGACAGAAAUUGUCUAGAUUGCUUAGACAGCAUAUAGAUCCUAAAUGAUUAUUAUUUUUACAGUAUUUUCCGCCAGUACCGUGCUUGUGAUAUGUAUUUUUACAGUGUUGGAUUAACCAAUCAAACCAUAGUAACAUUAAUAAUUGUUUUAUCCGUAAAGAGGUAACAGACAUACAGACAGACCUUCGCGUUUAUAAUAUUAUUAUGAAUU